AUGAAAUUCCUCGUACUGGCUGCUCUGCUCACAGUGGCCGCUGCCGAGGGGGGCAUCAGCCCGCGGGCAGUUUGGCAGUUCCGCAACAUGAUCAAGUGCACGAUCCCCGGGAGUGACCCCUUGAUGGAGUACAACGACUACGGCUGCUACUGUGGCCUGGGUGGAUCCGGCACCCCCGUGGAUGAGUUGGACAAGUGUUGCCAGACGCACGACCACUGCUACUCAGAAGCCAAGAAACUGGACAGCUGUAAAUUCCUCCUGGACAACCCCUACACCAAAAUCUACUCAUACUCAUGCUCCGGCUCUGAGAUCACCUGCAGCAGCAAAAACAAAGACUGCCAGGCCUUCAUCUGCAACUGCGACCGCACUGCUGCCAUCUGCUUUUCAAAGGCUCCGUAUAACAAGGAGCACAAGAACCUGGACACUAAGAAGUACUGCUAGAAUUGAGUCUCCUCUCUGGAAAGCAUCAUUCCUACAUGCCUCAUGGCCUUCACCCUACCC